UGAAAAGAAACAAGCCACGAACGAGUUGCCGUAUCUACAAUAAACCGGAAGUUGUUGUUGCAAAGUUUACGUUUACUCGUGUAACAAAACCUGAAAUAUUUAAAUUUCAAGUUCAGCACGUACUGUCUCGUAUCUUGAUUUAAACUGCAGGCUUCAAAAUUGGACUUCUAAGAGUAUUGCAAAGCCCCCUCCUGAGUACAAUUAAUACAUUUUGUCAAACCCAGCGAUCUUUCCUCAGUCGGGGUAUUUACAGCAUGACAAAAUAUAAUGUGAUAUUUGUACUAGGAGGACCGGGAGCAGGGAAGGGAACACAGUGUGAAUAUAUUGUCAGGGACUUUGGUUAUGUGCAUUUAUCAGCAGGUGACCUUUUGAGGGAGGAGAGACAACGUCCAGGGUCACAGUUCGGGGAGGAGAUAGAAGGCCACAUAAAAAACGGUACCAUAGUCCCUGUCCAGAUCACCUGCUCUCUACUGAAAAGAGCCAUGGAAAAAAGUGGCAAGGACAGAUUUUUAAUUGAUGGGUUUCCAAGGAACCGUGACAACUUAGAUGGCUGGAAUAAGGAAAUGAGUGAUGUUGCCAAAGUUAUACGAGUGCUGUUUUUUAACUGUUCAGAACAGGUUUGUGUUGAGAGGUGUUUGUCUCGAGGGAAGACCAGCGGCAGAACAGAUGACAAUGAAGAGAGUCUGAAGAAGAGAAUAAAGACUUACACUGAAUCCACAAUGGAGAUCAUAGAACAAUUUAGAAAGUUGAACUUAGUUAGUGAAAUACAUGCUGAAAAAAGCCCAGAAGAGGUGUUUGAGGAAGUUAAGAAAGUUCUGAAUGAAUUAAAUUGAUCUCCACACUGAGUUAGUACUGUGACUGCACACAACUCUGCUCUUGGUAUUCUGCCAUGCUCGCCUCAGGAAUUUUGUGACACAACUAAAAAUCUUUUCAUGCUUGUAUUAAUGAUUUUCUAAAUUAUGUACAUGCUUCUUUUAAGAGCUAGAUCAUAAAAUUGAUUUAUUGAGAAAUUUUUAAAAACAAUUUUACAACUGUCUUGAUUAAUUUUUUUUUUCAUUUUUUUUUUAAUAUUAAUCAAUUGAUUAUUGCUAGGGUAGGUGUAAUUUACUGUUUGUUUUAGUGCGGAGGCUGUUAAAAAAACUCUUUAAAUAUCUCUUUGUUUUUUUAAAUGUAUUUUUUGUAUUUGUUAAUUUGUGGGAAAAAUUUAAGUACAAUUUCUAGGGUUACUGUGUAUUUCAAUAAAAAAAAAAAAAAAAACAUAUUUAGAAUAUAUAAGAAAAAUAAGAAUCUGUCGUUCUGCUGCAUGUAGUGAAACAAAUCAAGGUGUUGUGCAUUAUCACAGAAUUUUGUAGUCCCGAAACAUUUUCUUAAUUUUUAUAAAACAUUAGCCUAUUUAAUCCAGAUAUUUUCAAACCUGGUGAUUUUUUAAGCCCAUUGACUUGUUAAGGCAAGUUUUAUUGAUGGUUAAAUUUAAAAUGACCAAUACUUGGGAGCCUUUCAUCUAUGUGCAAUUCAUUGCUACCAAAUAAGGAUAAUGCUUUAUGUUUUUGUAUUACAGUUGUAGAAUUUGUUGUAGAUUUAUAAUCAGUGAGCAAAUUUUGUAAGUUACAUGUUAAGUUAUUUUUUUUUAUUGAAUAUACAUGUACAAUUAUCAAAUCACUUUUUUUAUGAUUGAAUGUUUAAUAGAAUGUAAUAGACAUAUACUUUUUCACGACAAAUAAAAUUUAAAACAACUCACUAUUUUAAUUAAGUAACAUGCUUAGGCAUUCAGUUCUGAAUGAACCUAUUUUACUUGAGCAGUAAUUGAUAACAUGUAUUACAAUAACUAUGUACCAGAUAUAUAUAAACCAAAGUGAGCCUCAUAUUUUUUAUUAUUAAAUCAUAUUGAAUUGCUGUGCAAUGUCAAAGAACCACUAAGCUUUAUUGCACAGCAGAGGUUUUUAUAUUUUUAGCAGGAUUUGAUAUUUGAGGGAAAUAAAUGUGAUUUCAAGCAA